AUGACGGAAAAGCUACCAGUUGAUUAUGCUAAUCUUCCAAACAAGUCUAUACUCAUCACUGGAGGUGCUUCAGGUCUGGGACUCGCUACAGCAACUCGCUUCGCAGAACAUGGCGCGUAUAUCACGCUUGUCGACCGGAACGAAGAGCAAGGCAGGGCUGCUGAAGCGUCACUGACUUCAAAGGGCUAUCAUGUAACAUUCAUUCAGGCCGAUGUCACGGACUGGACGUCCUCGGUCCAAGCCUUCAAGCACGCUGUCGCCUCAACUCCUCGGAAGACUCUAGACGGCGCCUUCCUCUUCGCUGGCGUUGGCGGUGACGGACGCAAUUUGACGAAGCAGAUCGAAACAAAGAAUCCAGAGGUCAGUCUCGACAUCGACCCUAUCGAGCCAAGCACGAAAGUCGUUGAUAUCAACCUCGGCGGCCUCCUCAAGAGUGCAAAGCUAGCACUACAUUACUUCCGUCUUCCAGCCGCGCCUGGCGCACCACCUAUCUCUCCGUCCAACGGCCAAAAGCCGCUUUUCCUCGUCGCAUCCCUAGCUGGGUAUAUCGACUACGACUCAACCCACUACUGCAUCUCGAAAUACGGCGUACGAGGUCUCUUCCGCUCUCUACGUAUCGCCUCUCACUUACCCGACAGUAUCUUCACCGUCAAUCUCGUCGCGCCAGGCUACACACCUACACCCAUGGUGAUGAACUACAAUCCUGGCGACGGAACAAGGCAAAAGGCCAUUGAAGCUGUGGAAAAGGCUGGGCUGUUCGCGCCUAUCGAGUAUGUUGUUCAGGCUGCGUCUCUGUGCGCAACACGGACUGAUGCGGUCAACGGACGGAGUUUUGGAACGUGGCCGCAUGGUUGGUUUGAUCAGAUGGAGGACUAUGAUGAGUGUUUUGGUGGGAAGACUGUGGUUGAGCAUGACUGGCCAGCAUCGGCACUACCUUUGGCUGCCAACAAUGUUCCUGUUCUCGGCGAGCAAAACUGCAACACAGAUGGAGAUCAGAGUCAAGAUGACGAUCAAGACGAAGACCUAGACGAUAGUUUAGACCACGCUGCCGAUGUUCUUGUGAACAACAAAGCUCUCACUCACGAUGAAGAUAUUGCCUGGCUGAAUCGGAUUCACCUUCAAAACCAGCAGGCACGCUCGUCCUUGAGUCAAACUCCUCCUCAAGGCCAGGCCGUUCCUCUCACGCCUCAAGGUCAGACCAUGUCCGACCGAAUCGGCGAAAUGGCCAAGAAUGCCAUCAUGAAGAUGGCCGAAGAAGACCUCGAGAAGGCUGCUAAAAUACUCCAGUUUGGAGUCAUCGCCGCACAACUACUGCAACGAUGCCAGGCUGUUAGCUUAACUGUUCCGACAGGCAACACAACUCAAAGUCUGAACGAGGCACCUACCGAGCUGGCGGAGCCAUUUCGUUCUUCUUACGCUACAGACGUCACGAAGAAACAUCUCCGAUCCAAGACGGAGUUAUCAGUUGUUCUUGAGAUUGUGCUUACUUACGAAAGGUCUGCACUGCCAUCCAAUUCCCGGUCAGGUGGUGGUGUUCAGAAUGCCACUUGCCAGGUUUGGGCAGAUUUGCAGACUAGAGGCAUCGACGUGAGCCUCCUGCAACUGCAUAAUAAGCUGGAGAAGUUCUUCACUCCCUUGGCGUCACAGAGCUUGUCAACAGUGACGCUGAAUAUCAUACCAGAGAUCAUCGACCGACUCGACAUGCAUAUCGAGACAGCCGGCCGCAACAACUGUGCCGACUUAGAUACUACCGUCGAUCCAAACCACAGAGCAGCCUUCGCACCGCCAGAGGAUGAUUUGCUAUUUAGCGUCCCUCUCAAAUAUGUCAGCGACGUUCUUCACGGCGGCCAGCAACGCCAAGAAGAUGGCAGGGAUUGA